AUUCAUUGUUCUUUGAAAAGCUUGAUAAUGACUAAUUUACCAGUGCUUCAUUGUCAAGUAACCUUGACUGUGUAGUUUUAUAUAGUUGGUUUAGUUCAUUACUCUUCGAGAUGAAUAACCUAGAAAGCAGAGUUAUGUUAAAUAACAAUAAAACCUAUUCCAAAGCAAGACAUGAGCUAUAAUGAAAUGUCAAUUAUCUAUAUAUUAAAUCUGGUCUUCUGAAGUUAAUGAAGUAUAUGGCAUGUAUUUCUAAGAUCCUUUAUAUAGGUUUCUAAAUACCUAAGAAUUUGUAGUACUUAGGAAUUUUUUGCUAGACUUCAAACAAGGAAACCUACAGUUUGUGUAAAAACAAAAACCUUUAGGGUAUUAAAGAUCAACCCAAAUAAGAAGACUUCCUCCUAAUACUGAAGUUACACGCGCUCAAAAAAAAAGAUUAACAAUAGAUAGAACCAUUUCUUAGAAAGUAAUCAAUGUUAGCCUCUUAUUUUCAUUUCUCUAAAAAGGGAAAUAUUUUAACGCAUUAAUUUAACAUCCAAUAGUUGAUCACGUAAAAUGAAUCAUCUUAAAAUAACUUCUACACCGCCCCCUCCAAAAAAAAAAUUGACAAAAGUAGUAGCCAAGUGAUUCUAUGGUUAUAGUAUAAUAUCCUAUGUCUAACUUUAAAGUUCUCUAAAUUUGUCGAGGGUCAAUUUUCACAUUUUGCCUCACCCAAAUCAAGGGCGAAGAAAUACUCUAAACUAGUGAUUUGGCAUAAUUUAACAAACUUGAACAUCAACAGGCAGCAAUGCCACUUUAAGAAAAACCAAGAAAAAGUCAACCCCAUUUUAAAAUUCCCACCUCUGGCUCCCAAGGAUUGGGUUAUAAACUUCGACAAAAUACUCUUCUCCACUCCCUAUUGGUGCUUGCUCUGUCAUUCAUUCUUCUGCCUGGAGUUUUGUGAGGUACCAGCUUACUUUACGGGAAAAGGCUGCUCUUCUUUAGUCUGGAACUACCCUACUUUAGACUUUUUCGUGGUUAUCAAUCUGUAUAAGGAAUCGCCACACUGAUCAGCGGGACCCAGUCUGGCAAAUCAGGCUGUCGAGACAGCUCUGUAAAUUCAUUGGAAAAAGAAACGGAGAACGUCUCAAGCAUACAAGGUAAAUGGACAAAGGAUUUUACGACACAGAGAUAAUCAGAGGAGAAUGUAUAUAAAAAUAUGCAAGAAUCCCAGAAAAACCACCUCGAUGAAAUUGUUGCUGCAGUCAGCCUAACGGCCCCAGAGAAGACCCCAAGCCAGCUGACGCAGACGGCUCUUUUCCAGCCUCCCCGGGAGAAACUCCAGCUCAGUGAAGAGAAAGCAAAGUCCUAUUCCAGCCGGCACGAAUAUAAGAAGGCCAUCCAGGAGCUCGUGCGCUGUGUCGCGCUGACGAGGAUUUGCCACGGCGACGCCCACUGGAAACUAGCAGAGGCGCAUGUUAACCUGGCCCGAGGCUACCUCCAGCUGAAAGGACUGUCACUGCAGGCAAAGCAACACGCAGAAAAAGCCAAGGAAAUCCUCACCAACGCUGUCGUGCCUCCCUAUGAUGACCAUGCAGAGGUUUUCAAGUGUUCGGUUGAGCUAUUCCACACCCUGGGAAAAGCCUCAUUGGCCCUUCAAAAAUUCAAGGAAGCUGCAGAGAGUUUGACAAAAGCAGAGACGCUUUCCAAGGAGCUGCUACAAUGUGGAAGGAUCUCACAGGAAGAAUGGAUGGAAAUUCAAGCGCGGACCAAACUGUCAUUCGCACAGGUGUAUCAAGGUCAGAAGAAAUCGAAAGAAGCUCUGCCCCACUACCAAGAGGCUUUAGCAUAUAUGGAGACCAGCAAAGGUGACAAAAGUCUUGAGUGUCUGCCAGUAUUGAAGGAAUUAGCAGGUGUCGAACAAGCCCUGGGGUUGCAUGACGCGUCCAUCAACCACCUUUUACAGGCGCAUCUCAUCAUCCUGAAGAGAAAGCCCUCCCCAGAGGAAGCAACGCUGUCUGCACUCUGUGUCGCCCGGGCCGCUGUCACUUCCAUCGCUGCCGGGAGGCCCGAGCACCAUGAUGUGGCCGAACAGUAUUUUCAAAAGAGCAUGGCUAAUUUUAAGGAUGCCGAAGGGAUGGGAAAAGCCAAGUUUCUUUCGAUUCAAGAUGAAUAUUGCCGUUUUCUACAAGUCACUGGGCAAGAAGAGAAAGCAACCUCUAUCCUGAGAGAGUCCCUGGAAGGCAAAGUGGGAGUGUUUGGUGACCUCAGUCCUGAGGUGGCAGAGACAUACCGGCUCCUGAGCGGGGCCGACCUGGCCCAGGGGAACCACAGUGGGGCCCAUAAGAAACUAAAGAAGUGUCUUCAGAUUCAAACCCUCUUAUACGGACCGCAGGACAAGAGGACAAUGGCCACCCAGCAGUCCAUGGACGUCCUGUUCAAGGUCCCCGAGAUGGCUGGAAAGCCGAGGCAGCCCCCGAAAGCCAAACCGGCCUGCACCAGCGUGGCCCAGCACACUGCUGGGAAAAGCUAGGCUGCAGGCAGCAGACUGACCCCCACCCCACACCCAAACACAGCCUUGGGCAUGUCUGGGUGCUGACGAUUAGGGAGCCGCAUAAAUCUCUCUCCAGUUGGAAGAUGGAACUCAGCAGCCAUUGUACAGAUUUUCAAGGCCAAUUGUUUGCUCCCACUCUCAACAGUGACACCACACGCCUCCCGUGGGCCACAUUUUGACCGUGGAUGCCGUUUCAGGGUCAUAUGGUGCUUCUGUGUAACAUUUUCCUUUUUACCACCCAAGUGGGGUUUUUUGCCAACAAUCAGGAAUACUGUGGCCGAAAAGCUUCUCUUCAAAAGUUCAGAGCUUCCUGUGCAGGAAAAUAGACGCAACACCUGACUGUCCAUGGAGAACCCCUCGCAUGACAGGUCUGGAGCCAGACUGGGAGCAAUCAAAUCCUGGGAAAGGCCCUUUCUUAUAGGAAGGUAAUAGGGAUUGAGAAUAAAAUGCUAACAAAAGGAAA